AUGAAUUUGGUGCCCGAGAAAAACAGCGACUUCAGUAAAACGGAGUAUUGGGACUCUUUUUUUACAAAACGUAAAGCUACUUUCGAGUGGUAUGGUAAUUAUGAAAAUUUAAAACGUUUACUCACCAGAUACAUUAGUGCUAAAGAUGAUAUAUUAAUGUCAGGAUGUGGAAAUUCUGAUCUUAGUAUAAACUUGUACUCUGAUGGAUUCACCAACAUGACUUGUGUGGAUAAUAGUGAAGUUGUAAUUGCCAAUAUGAAUAAUAAACAUAAAAAUAAAUACCCAGGUCUAGUUUAUGAAAUUGAGGAUAUAUUGAAUACCAAAUAUGCCAAUGAAAAGUUUAGUGCCAUUAUUGACAAAGGAACCCUGGAUGCUUUGAUGCCGGAUGGUGAAGUGGAGUCUCUUACACGUGCAAUGAAGAUUGAAAAUGGUUGGAUAAUUCGUGUUUGCCAAUGUACAGAAGUUGAAGACUCACCAGAUUUCAAUGGCCAACCUGUAUUUAUGGUAGUCUGCAUUAAAGUAAAUAAAAUACCCGGAACUAAUCCAGUUCUUGAGUGGAAUCCAGAUGGACUUACAAAUGAAAGAUUAGAUUCCAUAAAUUAUCUAUUAGAAAUAGUUAUUGAUACUCAGAAAUCUGUUUCAAUGUGUUUUGAUCUCACUAAAUGUCGAAUGGAAGACAUGUCAAAUAAUUAUCGAUUUGAAAUUAAUUGUUCCCAAACAAAAAAACCUCGAUACACAAUUAUGAUUGUUGAAUCUCGUACUCAAAAAAAUCCAAAUAAAAUGACUUUUGCUGCAUUUAUUGUUCCUCGAGGUCGAGAACAUGAGUGGUUAUUUAGCAGCAAAGAAGGGCAAGAUACACUCCGACAAAAUUGUAAUGUAGAUCGUUUAGCUAUUAUAAGUAUGCAUAGAGGACAGAUCUAUAAGAAUUUAAAACAAGUACAGGGAGAACUAUCAAGACUUAUGUUGAAAAUAGCACCACAAGGUGUCAUAAGACGUGGUGCAACCAUAUUAUUUUUAUCAUUAGAACAACUUGGUGACAGAAAAAUCAUUAUGGAAAGUAAAAAUGAACACUCUGGAAAUUUUGUAAUAGAGGAAGUAAUUGGGCAAAAAGGUGAAACUUAUAGACGUUUAGUAUUCCUUAACAUGCCUCAUAUCAUUCAAUCCGAAGCAAAAUUACUGACUGAAAAUGGAGAGAUCAAAAUUGAUUAUUCCCAUUUCCUCAGCGAUUACAUACCAUAUUUGGGCCUCGGUGUGGGCAUUUUAGCAAAUCAAUUAAAUAAAGAAUUUAAAAUCCUUUUAAUUGGUUUGGGUGGUGGUGUACUUACUAAUUUAUUGUUAAAUGCUUAUAAAAAUGUAAAUAUUGUAGCUGUAGAAAUAGAUCCAGUCAUAUACAAAAUAGCCAAAGAAGCUUUUGGACUGUUAGAGGACAGCAGAUUAGAAGUAAAUGUUUGCGAUGGUCUCGAGUAUAUAUGCAAUGCUGUCAAAAAUAAUGAUAAAUAUGAUGCAGUAGUAUACGAUGUUGAUGCUAAAGAUCCUACAUUGGGUUUAAGUGGACCACCAAAAGCUUUUUUGAGACAAGAUAUGUUGAAUAACAUAAAAAGUUUAAUCGGAAAAGACGGUUUAUUUUUAUUGAACUUUGUCUGUCGUGCAUCUGAUGUUAAAACUGAAAUUUUAAAUGUUUUGAAGACUAAUUUCAAACAACUAACAUUAUUAAAAAUUGCUGAAGAUAUUUGUAGAGUGCUGUUAGCAGGAAAUAGUGAUAAAGCAUUUGAUGCAUACCUUUUGGAACAAACUGCUGUAUACAUGAACCAAUGCACCAAAAGUAACCCACUCAUUGCUUGUGAUAUCAUUGAUAUUUCUGCUUUGAAGGAAAAUAUUGAAGAUAUUUAA